UGUUGGAGGUCAAGCAGAUCAGGAGGAGGAUGAGUGCAGGAGUCCAGCACUCAAUGUGUUUCCUCGGCCUUCCCGACCUGAAGAAGCUGUGCUGCAUCACUGUGACUCUGCAGGAGGAGGAUGAGGAGCUGAGGAGCAGACAGAUGAAGACCUGCAGAGAGCUGGUGCUGCUGUACUCUGAUAUCCUGGCCUCUCCAGCCCUGGACUCCUUCUGUGAGAUCACGGUGGUCAUGGCUAUCCCGUUUUUCCACAGAGGAAUCCUUCAGGCCUUUGGACAGAGACGCAGUCUGCAGCUGGGCUCUCCUCAGUGUGUGUUUCCAGGUGUCCUCCAGUGUUGUCUGUCCUACUCUCUGAUCACCAGACUGGCUCCCAGUUGGAAUAAAGCUGGACUCUACCUCGUCACUGGAAGAGACUUUCUGAGCGAGAGCGGGAGGCUCGGCGCCGUCAGCUUGGAGCUGAGCACCUGUGAGGGCCACCUGUGCAUCAGCACUGAAGGCAGCACAGUCAGACUCCCCCCAGCAACACUGGAGGACUUUGACCUCCCUCCCUUAGUGCUGAGGAGGUUCUGCAGUGAACCUGACGCCGUCCUCGACCCCUCCUCCACCGGAGGAGCCGUUUGGUGUCAUGUCCUGCCCAGAGAGAUUAGCAUGAAGAAAGGUCAGAUCAUCUCCAUCAGCCAUAAGCUGCCACGAGACGGACCAUUCAAAACCUACAGAGACCUGCAGAACCACUGGAACUGUCUGUAUGGCUACAGACUCCCAGAGCUUCCAGAGGAGGACGUGGUCUACUGCAGCGUCUUCUUCAGACUGCUGGGACAGAGACUCUUCACCUACCCUCUGAGCUGCAUCCGCCUGCAGCCGGUGCAGCGCUGCCCCCGGGUCGACCAACAGGGGGCGCUGGGCUCCUUCCUGUCCGACAUCAGGCACAGGCUACAGAGUGUGUGUGGCUUCCCCGCCCGUCUGACUGUCAGACCCUGUUACCACACAAUCAGUGUGGACAGUGCUGCAGCAGGGCAGGUGUGGAGCGGUGAGGAGGUCAACCUGCCCACCUGCUCCUCCUCCUCAAUCAGGCCAGCACUCACCCAGCUCCCUCCUCCUCCUCCACCUCCUCCUUCUCCACCCAGACCUUUGAAGUUUCCUUUUGGGUCACAGCCUCCAGCCCUGGCCCCUCUGUGCCAGCAGGAGGGAGCCCAGGGGCUUCUGGGUAACAGAUGUGGAUUUAGGAAGAGUGUCAUACAGAGUCAGGAGAGUGGAGGAGACUGGCCUUCCUCUGUCCUCUCCCCUCUUCCUCCACCAGGUCAAACCCCAGCGGUCCUCGCACCCAAACUGGUUCCCAUCUUCAGGAACAAGAGUCCAUCGCGCCACAUCAACGUUGCCCUCCUGCGGGUCCAGAAACAGAAGGAGCAGCUGAGUGGAGGGGAGGAGAAAAGGGGGCGGGUGACGUUACCUUCCUUUAGGACGAAGACUCGGGCUGCAUCUGUCCCAGGUCGUCCUCCGCCAGCCAUUCCUCAUUGCAACCACCACCCCAAACCUCGGAGCGGCGCUGCUCCUCAGGCAACGUCUAAACCCGGGAUCAUCCCCAAACCUCAGAAGCUGGAAAGCAAGUUUAAAUCCACGUCCAGCCCCAAAACCAACAUGAAGCGAAGCUCUGAGAGCCAAACUGCUGCUAACUCCAGCAGCGAAGUUCAGGAACAAGCAUCAGCUGCAUCACCUCUGCCGUCAUCUGAAAUUCCCGACAAAGUUUCCUCCGUCCGCAGCGGAGGGGGAAUCGUGCUCAAGUCAAAGCCAAACAAAUCCAGAUCUGCAGUCAGACGCGUUGAAGUGGAGGAAAUAGCCAGAAGCAACCAGUUAUCCAGGCUGAAAGGAAGAGGAGCACUCGUCAGCGCCAAAAACAGGAAGGAGGAGCUCAUUCUGAAGGUCAUGGGCUGUGUGGCCGAGGCCUGAGCACACACACACACGCACACACACACACCAUACCUACUUAAUGACUUUCUCUGGAGCAUUAACGUUGCUCCUCAUUCAAGAAUUUGGUGUUGAAUCGGGCCGUGUGAACCAGAAUGCAGCUGGAACAUCUCAUCCUAUCUCAGAGAGACGCUGAAGUUUUGCCAGAAUUAUAUUGUCGUGUCAGAUAAGGUCGCAAAGUGAUAAAGUGAAGUUGAGGCUGGUGGACGUGUUCCUCACUCGUCUCCUGUUGGUUUUAUGACCUUAUGUGAGUUCUGGGUUUUGAUGUUUGCUGCCCUUUGCAGCUGACGUUUAGCUUUUGCUUUAACCGUCUGUCAUGGAUUGGACAAAACGUUCUGUUGUUCUGGUGCUGGUUUGGGUUCUCGUUUGUCUUCCUGUGUGGUUUUUAAAAAACAAACAACCUGUGAACAGAGUUAUCUACCUGUCGGAAGUACACGCAUUCAGUAAGUCACAGGUGUGUGGGAUCUGACUGUUCAUAAAAAUAUUCUGUACUCUGUAUUCUCCAGCCUGUACUAGUACAUUUAAACAGUAUUUGUACACAGUCUGCGUACUUGUUUUUCAAGCUGUGUGUAAAAAAUUGUUUUCAGAAACUGCAGUUUGUAUUUUUCUUUCACUGAAUUCUGAAUACAGUUGUUCUUUCAUUCCA